AUGGAGGGGUUGAAUCCGUUCGUGAUUCCCGUCGGCGUGGCGUUCCUGGUCGUCAUCAUCGUGCAGUACCUCAGUUCGACCCCCAAGAGGCAUCUGUACGGCGUGCUUCUAGAUGCCGGCACGCCCGGUCUAACCUACCGUCACGCGCACUUCCCCACGCUGCUCGAAAUCCCCUUUGACGGCGCAACCACCGUCGCCUCGCUCUUCGUCAUCGCCUCCCGCCGCCACCACCACCGCCCGCUCCUCGGCACGCGCAAAUUUCUCUCGCGGGAAACAGUGACCAACGAGGAAGGGAAAGAGAUAGAGAAGCUUGAAUUUGGCGAGUACGAGUGGGAGUCGUACUCUAAAGCGUUGGAUCGGGCGGAGGCGUUUGGCGGGGGCUUAAGGAAUGUAGGGCAUGGGCGCGGGGAGGCGGUGGCGAUUGUGGCGGAGACACGGGCGGACUUUUACUUGGCGCUGCAGGGCGCGUUUCAGCAGAGCCUGGUGGUGGUCACAGUGUAUGCGUCCCUGGGGCAGGAAGCUUUGGUGCACGCACUGAAUGAGACGGAGGUGACGACAGUGAUAUGCGACCACAAGCAGCUGGAGAAGCUGGAGGAGGCGUCCUCCAAGGGCGAGCUCAAGACCGUAAAACGAGUCAUCAUGAUGCCCGAGCCUCGCCCGCUGUCCGAGGCUGGAAAAGGGCCCACCAAAGCAGAGGCUAAAGUUGCGACGGGACAGCUGGCGCCAGGUGUCGCGCUGCUGGCGUUUGCUGACGUGGAGAAGAGCGGCGUUGAGUCGCCGGUGACGCCAGAGCUCCCGCAGCCGUCGGAUCUAGCGGUGAUCAUGUACACGUCGGGAUCGACCGGGCUGCCCAAGGGCGUCAUGCUAUCACACGGCAACCUGGUGGCAGUCUUUGCAGCUAUCAUGGCUCAAGUGCCAGAUGCCAAUUUCAACGACGUCUACAUCGCAUACCUGCCCUUGUCACACGUGCUCGAGCUGGCAGCAGAGCUAGGGGCAGUAUCGGUUGGAGGAUCCAUAGGCUACGGCUCUCCUCUCACACUAGUGGACAUGGCGCCCAAGGUCAAGCUCGGCACCAAGGGAGACGCGCCGCAGCUGAGGCCGACGCUGAUGGUGGCGGUGCCUGCUAUUCUGGACCGCAUUCGCGAUGCUGUGAGACGCAAGAUAGCAACAGCACCACCAGUCAGGCGCACGCUAUUCAACCUCGCGUAUUCGCGCCGCCUAGCAGCCAUCGAGGGCAGCUGGUUUGGCGCGUGGGGCGUGGAGCGGCUGUUCUGGGACCUGCUGGUGUUUAGAAAGGUGCGGGCAGCAGUGGGGGGGCAUCUGCGAUUCAUGCUAUCAGGGGGGGCUCCUCUCUCUCCCGACUCACAACGAUUCAUGAACAUCUGCUUCAACAUCCCCAUCAGCCAGGGCUACGGGUUGACAGAGACAGCAGCAGGGGGAACUUUCUCAGAGUGGGACGACUCCUCUGUGGGCCGCGUCGGGCCGCCUAUCCCCUGCAACCUCAUUCGGCUAAUCGACUGGGAGGAGGGCGGUUACCGCACGACAGACCACCCGCACCCGCAGGGGGAGAUUCUGAUUGGCGGGCCGAACGUGAGCCUGGGGUACUGGAAGGACAAGGAGAAGACUGCAGAGGUGUUCUCGGAGGACGCACAGGGCAUGAGGUGGUUCCGCACGGGGGACAUAGGGGCAGUGCAUGCAGACGGGUGCAUUCAGAUCAUCGACCGCAAGAAGGACAUAGUCAAGCUGCAGCACGGGGAGUACGUCUCCCUCGGCAAGGUGGAAGCCGUGCUGCAAGUCAGCCCUUUUGUCGAUAAUCUGCUGGUCUUUGCGGAUUCAACUAAGUCGUUUGCGGUCGCGCUGGUGGUGCCGGUGCCGGCUGCGGUGACGGAUUUCGCCAAGAGUAGAGGGAUUGAGGAGGAGGAUUAUGCGAAGCUGUGUGGAAGAGAGGACGUGGUGGGGGAAGUCCUGAGAUGCCUGCAGAAGGUGAGCAAAGACGCGGGCCUCAACAAGUUUGAGGUGCCCGCAAGGAUCAAGCUGCUGCCCGAUCCAUGGCUGCCCGAAAGCGGCCUCGUGACACCUGCCCUGAAAAUUAAACGCAACGUGAUCCAUAAAACGUUCGCCAAGGAGUUGAAAGAGCUUUACGAGUAG